GUUUGCAGUGAGCCGAGAUUGUGCCACUGCGCUCCAGCCUGGGUGACAGAGCGAGACUCCGUCUCAAAAAAAAAAAAAAAAACAAAGAUAAAAGUAAACUGAAAACAAGAAUAGAAAUGUCUGCUAACAUGCUCUGUGACCUUGAUCAACAGCUUUCCCCGCUCUUGGCCUUGGUGUCCUAACUUAAAUGGGGAAACUGUGAUCUCUCUCAGCUCAAAAUUUACAUGACAUUAUUUACAUACCAAACCUGCCCUACGCUUCCUGGAAACUUUACUAUUUAUGAGUGUGGCUCCUCCUUCCCUUUCAAUCCCUUAAUUAAAUAGCUUCCCCUCUACAGGCUUUUGAAGUGGUAGCAGUUCCUCCUAACUCCUGCCAGAAACAGCUCUCCUCAACAUGAGAGCUGCACCCCUCCUCCUGGCCAGGGCAGCAAGCCUUAGCCUUGGCUUCUUGUUUCUGCUUUUUUUCUGGCUAGACCGAAGUGUACUAGCCAAGGAGUUGAAGUUUGUGACUUUGGUGUUUCGGCAUGGAGACCGAAGUCCCAUUGACACCUUUCCCACUGACCCCAUAAAGGAAUCCUCAUGGCCACAAGGAUUUGGCCAACUCACCCAGCUGGGCAUGGAGCAGCAUUAUGAACUUGGAGAGUAUAUAAAAAAGAGAUAUAGAAAAUUCUUGAAUGAGUCCUAUAAACAUGAACAGGUUUAUAUUCGAAGCACAGACGUUGACCGGACUUUGAUGAGUGCUAUGACAAACCUGGCAGCCCUGUUUCCCCCAGAAGGUGUCAGCAUCUGGAAUCCUAUCCUACUCUGGCAGCCCAUCCCGGUGCACACAGUUCCUCUUUCUGAAGAUCAGUUGCUAUACCUGCCUUUCAGGAACUGCCCUCGUUUUCAAGAACUUGAGAGUGAGACUUUGAAAUCAGAGGAAUUCCAGAAGAGGCUGCACCCUUAUAAGGAUUUUAUAGCUACCUUGGGAAAACUUUCAGGAUUACAUGGCCAGGACCUUUUUGGAAUUUGGAGUAAAGUCUACGACCCUUUAUAUUGUGAGAGUGUUCACAAUUUCACUUUACCCUCCUGGGCCACUGAGGACACCAUGACUAAGUUGAGAGAAUUGUCAGAAUUGUCCCUCCUGUCCCUCUAUGGAAUUCACAAGCAGAAAGAGAAAUCUAGGCUCCAAGGGGGUGUCCUGGUAAAUGAAAUCCUCAAUCACAUGAAGAGAGCAACUCAGAUACCAAGCUACAAAAAACUUAUCAUGUAUUCUGCGCAUGACACUACUGUGAGUGGCCUACAGAUGGCGCUAGAUGUUUACAACGGACUCCUUCCUCCCUACGCUUCUUGCCACUUGACGGAAUUGUACUUUGAGAAGGGGGAGUACUUUGUGGAGAUGUACUAUCGGAAUGAGACGCAGCACGAGCCGUAUCCCCUCAUGCUACCUGGCUGCAGCCCCAGCUGUCCUCUGGAGAGGUUUGCUGAGCUGGUUGGCCCUGUGAUCCCUCAAGACUGGUCCACGGAGUGUAUGACCACAAACAGCUAUCAAGUUCUAAAGGUCAUCUUUGCUGUUGCCUUUUGCCUGAUAUCUGCUGUCCUAAUGGUACUGCUGUUUAUCCACAUUCGCCGUGGACUCUGCUGGCAGCGAGAAUCCUAUGGGAACAUCUGAACAGACAGCUGGAUAAGCCAGGCCAACCUCCUGUGACACAGCAUCUCUCAGUGGUGCCGCAUCUGAAGGACAGGCUUUUGCCAUGUGGGCAUUGCCAUCCUCACACCCUGCCUUUUGAAUCUGCCCAGAGCAGGGUCUGAACUCACAGUGACCCACAGACUGCUGCUGGAUGAACACUCAGGCUACCUAGGUCUUCUCAUAAUGGAGUGGUAGUGCAGGCUGCUUGUUCAGCUAGAAAGAGGCUGUUAUGCAUAGGAUGGUUGUAUUCUCUGCCACAGUUGUCCGGAGAGAAAUAAGAAGCCAAACUCCAAUCAGCCUUUUACCUGCAAAGAGUGAAGGGUGAGAAGGUGGACAAAGACAUAGAUUAGAAAAAUACUGGAUAUUGGGGGAAGUUAGACUAGAAGAAUUAUUAUACAGGGUGAUUCUUACGAAAGAAGACCCAAUCAUAAAUUAUAAAUAAACUUUUUAUUUAACUAUUAA